AGAUGUGCUGGUUGUACCCAACAACCUUACGCAAACAAGGUAUGCCACAUAUCUUUGAGUCGACCACUUCUGGAACUUAGACCACUAGAGGAUCUGCUGGAGACGUUAUUGCACGAAAUGAUCCAUGCUUAUCUUUGGGUAACUGAUAAUCAUGAGCAGCUAGAACAUGGCCCGAAAUUCCACGCGGAAAUGAAAAGAAUUGAGAAAGAGUCGGGAAUGAAACUAGAGGUUUUCCAUGAAUUCUAUUCUGAAUAUAAAUUUAAUCCAAGAAUUGAAGGGGAACUAAGAGAAUUUAUUUCCAAAACGUGGAAAAUUCCCGAAGAAGCUAUGAAAAAACCCGCGUCACCUCCAGGAAGUGAUUUCUCAAGCGAUAAUUCUGACCUGACUCUCAGUCCUUCAUGGGGUAGCAAUUUCGAUUUUUUUGGCAGUUCAGAUUUUUCUACUGAUGAAGAACCAGAUAAAUUUGCAUCCAAUGAAAAAACCAAAAUGAAAGUACCAAAGGCCGCUAAAUCAGUUACACCACUGAUGGAAAAUAAAACUCCAGUUAAAUCAGUAACCCCACUAAAGGAAAAUCGAUCACCAAAAACCACAGCUCGUGUUAAACCAGUAACCCUACCAAAGGAAAAUAGAUCUCAGGGUAAAUCAGUAACCCCACCAAAAGAAAAUCGAUCUCCAAAAACCUCAAGUCCAGUAAGAUUAUCAAAGGAAAAUCGAUCCGCUGAAUCUUCUUCAAAGACUGCAACAAUGAAGAAAAAGAAAUUACUAACAAAUGGGAAGACGAAAAUGGCUUCUAAAUUCACUGAGAUUAUCAAGAAAUACAAAUGGCAAUGUUAUGGUGCAUGUCAAAACGAGGCUCCAAUGUUUGGUCGUAUAGAGCGUUUAAUUAACAGACCACCAAAUACAAGCGAAAAAUGGUUUUUGCUCCACGAAAAAAAUUGUGGAGGAAGUUUCGUUAGAUUCGAUUAAAUCGGUUUCACAUUUCACCCAUUUUCGUUUUUCUGAAUUGAAACCUCAAAUUUCAACAUCCGUUAAAGACUCGCGCAAUUGGCUUUAAAACACAAUGCUUUUAGAUUUGUGAAAUCUAAAAUUUUCUAAAAUGUCAUUAUUGGCUUUUAAAGAACUUUUUGUUUUGCUUUUUUCGUUUUAACAAUAUUUCUUGUUUUGCAUCUAGUUUAUGAUCUGCUUGUUUUAAAAUAGAUAAACGUAACUCUUUAUAUAGAAAUAUCGCUGCCAUAAUUUAUUCUUGACGGGAAAUUUGGUACGUUUUGGAUAUCUUGUCUUCUGUGGAGAUGAAGAACAGUUUUUGGUUUUUUAAAUUUUGUUUUACAGUAUCGUACUGUUUUUAUUUUUUCCAGUUUCAUCUGUACAGAAACUAAUGUUUUUUCGCUGACGUCAUCUGAAUGAUGUCUUAUUGUUUUUAUAUUUGUUUUAUACUUCUACAAUAAAAUGCACUUUUAUCUGAAAUCUCACAAAAAUGUAUUAAAUGCUGAUUGAAAAUAUUAAACCAAAACAUCUCAA